CUGAGGCAAAAAGGCCGGAAACUCCCUCCCGCCUUUUCCUGCCCGGAGUUUAAAUGGCGAUCGCGGCUGCCUGAUCUUUUUUUUUUCCUGCCCGGGGCUUAGAUGGCGACCACGGCGGCUUGUUCAGGGCUUUUGCGGCGCCUUGGCGCUCUCACGGAGCGCCUCAGGCGCGGAACAACGCGGGAGCUCGGUCGGGGUCUUUGGCGAACGGCCCCUUUCCCUCCACCGCCGCCCUCUUUUCUCGCCACGGCUCUCCAGCAGCGCAGCCUGAGCGGUGGAGCGCGCCAGGAAGAGGAGGCGACUCAGGCCUUGAAGGCCGCGUCGGGGUACAGACUCGUGUACACGUGUAAGGUGUGUGGAACACGGUCAGCCAAAACCAUUUCCAAGGCAGCAUAUCACCACGGUGUGGUGAUUGUGAAAUGUCCUGGCUGCCAAAACCAUCACAUCAUUGCAGAUAACCUGGGCUGGUUCUCAGACCUGGCUGGGAAAAGGAACGUGGAGGAAAUCCUUGCAGCUAGGGGGGAGAAAGUUAGGCGUGUGGCUGGUGAAAAUGCCUGGGAAAUCCUGUUGGAGGACCCUCAGCAGACAGGAACCUCAGACCAGCCUCCCGACGGAGAUGCAGGAGGACGUUGAUGUGACUGGAUUGCUCCACUCUCCUUCGAGUGGGGGAAAAAUACAAAAAGACUUUGUUGCAGUUGUUUCAGAUACUUUAAUUCAUCUCUUCCAACUUCCUGGCCCCUCACUUCUUCUCGAUUGUAAAUAACCCUAAAAGUAGUUUACAAAAAGUUUAAAAAAUGAAAUCAAGGAAAAUUUACAAUAAAACUUUUAAACAUA